GUUUUCCUUGUUUUUUCUAUGCGACACACGGGAAAGGGGGAAUUGGUUUUCUUUGAAUGAAUCUCUAGGGCUGUAAGUUCGAUGAAGAGGAUCAAAAUGGUCAUUACUGAGUUAUAUGAUGAGUAGUCAGUGAAAUGAAGGCCCAUACGGUUGGUAAGCAUUGGUAGUCAGUUAAUUUCGAAAUAAGUUAUAUGAUGAGUAGGUCUGGCAAAGAUACCAGUGGUUGUGAUGGUGAGAGUGCCACCCAUGGAUCUUCCGCAACUGGAGGACCCAGUAAACCAUCAAAUUACCUUGAUCAUGAAAUUGCCCAACUCACAGAGCUUAGCUCCAGGCCCCAAGGACUUUUAAGCCAGGGGGGACCUGGCAGAUUGAGGUUACCCGUUUCAACAGUCAAAAUGUUGGUUGGACGAGAAGGUAACCACUCAGGUCGGGGAAGAUUCUCAUCUGCGGAUGGCUGUCAUAUAUUAAGCCGGUAUUUGCCCGUCAAUGGAGCUGUUAGGGUUGACCGGAGGAAAAGCCGCGCUUAUGUUUCUCAAUUUUCAGCUGAUGGUUCUCUUUUUGUUGCUGCAUUUCAGGAAAGCCACAUUAGGAUAUAUAAUGUGGACAGGGGAUGGAAAGUUCAGAAGGACAUUCUAGCAAAAAGUUUGAGAUGGACCAUUACAGAUACAUCUCUGUCACCAGAUCAGCGUUACCUUGUCUACGCAAGUAUGUCACCCAUUGUACAUGUUGUUAAUGUUGGAUCUGCUGCAACAGAAUCAAUUGCAAACAUCACAGAAAUUCAUGAUGGCUUGGAUUUUUCUGUUGAUGUCUAUGAUCCUGAGUUUACGAUUUUCUCUGUAAAAUUUUCGAAUGAUGGGCGAGAGCUUGUAGCUGCAAGCAGCAAUAAUUCAAUAUAUGUUUAUGAUCUCGAGGCAAGGAAACUUAGCCUCCGAAUUCCAGCACACAUGUCUGAUGUUAACACAGUAUGCUUUGCGGAUGAAACUGGCCAUCUCUUAUAUUCUGGAAGUGAUGAUAAUCUCUGUAAGGUGUGGGACAAGCGCUGCUUUAUCACGAAAGGACAAGCAGCUGGAGUAUUGAUGGGACAUCUUGAAGGCAUAACAUUCAUUGACAGUCGUGGAGAUGGCCGUUAUCUUAUUUCAAAUGGGAAAGACCAGACCAUCAAACUCUGGGAUAUACGAAAAAUGUCCUCUAAUGCCAUGUACCCUAGGCUUAGAGAUGAUGAAUGGGAUUACAGAUGGAUGGAGUACCCACCUAGUGCAAGAACUUUGAAACAUCCUCAUGAUCAGUCAUUGGCAACAUAUAGAGGACAUUCAGUCUUACGCACUCUAAUUCGUUGUUAUUUCUCACCCGUGUAUAGCACUGGUCAGAAGUACAUCUACACUGGAUCUAGUGAUUCUUCUGUUUAUAUUUAUGAUCUGGUGAGUGGAGCUCAAGUUGCGAGACUCGACUAUCAUGAAGCACCUGUAAGAGAUUGUAGUUGGCACCCUUUAUACCCUACGAUCAUCAGCUCUUCUUGGGAUGGUGACAUUGCCAAAUGGGAGUUUCCAGGAAGCGGUAGACAGACUCGGUCAAAGCAUAGGAGAUGUCCAUGGAGAAAUUUCUAUUGAAAAUAGCUCAUAGUUUUACACGCACAAGUUACUUUUUAUAUUUUGGUUAGUAUGGAAGUUUCACUGCUGUAGAAAGAGUGCAGUCACUGCAAUAUAAUUACAGUUAUUUGUUGUAUAUGCUUUUAUUAUGGCUGUACAGAAGUCUUAAUAAAUGUGUAAAAUCUUUUUGUUGGGCAUGCCAGGGUAGCUUAGUCCAACACAAUGUAAUUGUAAGAAUUGGACAUAUUAUGAACUAGUUGCUUAUUCAAA